ACGCAGUAUAUUGAAAUUUGUAAACUGCGGUCACUCUGUUUCUUGUUAGUUUUUGAAAUUCGACUAAUCUUGUCGUUGCGAUGUCUCAGCAAAUCCGCGUUUUGCAAUGCAAAGACUGUGAUUUAUACCAGGUGGACAUUGUUAAAAAGUCCAACAAGUGGGAGUGCAAAGUUUGCCGCCAAAAGCAAGUCGUACUUCGUGAAUUCUUUCGAGGAACUGGAGCCGAAUGUCGCCUGAAAGUGCAGGAACUAAAUCUGGAGCAUGGACAGAAACGCCAUGCCCAACAACAACGUCAGAUAUUAGAUGCACAGGAUGCUGAAUUGGAUACUGAAGUGUUGCCAGCCCAGCGAACAAGUAAAUGGGCUGCUUUUGUGGAUAAGCCGACAGAACAAGCAUCAAGAAAUGAUUCCAUGUCAUCACAACCAGCUAACCGACCAAGUAAAUUGGCUGCCUACGUGGAUGAGCCCUUAAAUCAACUACCAAAGGUUGAUCGACGUACAAAUAAUAAACUCACCAAAGGAUCUAGUAAAUGGACUGCCUUUGUUGAUGAACAGGAAGCACCACAGAUGCGAAGGAAGUCUUCAGUAAUAAGCCUGGACUCUGAUGAAGUGGAGUUUUCCUCUGCGAAAAGCAGAUCAAGUGGUUCCAACAAACGCAGGUCCGAAGAUAAUUCCAGUGCCAACAUAAAGCCUUUUUCCAAAUGGCAAAAAUUCCUUUGA